UGACGGACGAAGAAAUCUUAACAGGAAGUGAUUUGCUGUUUUGCUGUCGCCUGCAGAAGCCGAAGCAUGCGUGUCAGGCAGGCCAGUUUGGUGAUUUCGGUGCUGCUCACUAGUGUUUAAACGCUUCGCUCCAGUGAGUGAGCCCGGCGGUAGGCUAUGGCUGGAAAUAUCAAGGACAAGGAAGCUUUUCAGAGACUGAAUUUCCUAUACCAAGCUGCACAUUGUGUAUUGAGCCAGAGUCCAGAAAACACAGAGCUGGCUCGUUUCUACUGUUUCACCCAGAAAACCAUCGCACGUCGGCUGGUCCUUCGACAGGAUCCUUCUGUGAAGAGAACCAUUUGUAAGAGAUGCUGCGGGCUAUUGGUUCCUGGGGUGACGGCAACCCUCAGACAGAGAAAGCGUAAAGGGAAACGGAGUGUGACCAUGCUGCGGUGUCUGAGCUGCGGACAGACAAAAAAGCUGCUGAACAACCCAGACCAUCGCCUGUGGGUGGACCAGCCCGAGGCUCAGCUGGAGAACCAGCCGCAGCAGGAGACCUCCGGCCAGAAGAAGGAAGCUCCUGUUCCCGGACCGUCCCAGACCUUGACACCAACCUCCGGUCCCUCUAAAGGGAAAGCCCCUGACACAACCGUGACACUGGACAACUGAGGCACCGGUCACUGUAAAUCAAACUGAUCUUGCGGACAGAUAUUCAACGCCUGGGUGAUGCUGGUUACCAUAGCAACGGUUCAGCACAGAGAGCGGUGAAGGACUAGAAGCUGUCAUUCUGUUUUCUGAAGUUAUCGGUCUUUGAGCGGUCUUUUGAGUUAUCGGUCAUUUUGAAUGGGUUCUUAUUAUGGGAUAGUGGAAGAUCCAUGGCUGCUGAUUAACCCAGGUGUAGUUUACUCUGAUGCACUGUGAUGUUAAUAAGCACACAUUUGGUUGUCGUUUUUUUAAUCUGUACAGGAUUAUAGUUUGGUUAUAUUACACUAUUUUUUUU